CCUCGAGCCGAGCCCCCCGCGAGCUCAGCAGCCACAGCGCAGGGGGCGACUGACGGCCGAAGGACACCUGUUGCCACGGAAACAGCACCGGCGGGAAAAAUCACCAAUUAAAGAAAACUGAAGAAGAAGAGGCCCCGCUGCCCAUCCAGGUGUUUCCUCCACAGCUGUUAGAGACACUCAGCCAUGUCGUCCACAGUUCUGCUCAACCUGCUACGAUGUGGUCGCUCGGCUAUCAGCAGGCAAACCUUCCUCACCCUACGCUCGUCGCCAGAAACAUCCACAACUUCUGGACAGGUGGGCGGGGCUUUGUUCGGAGUGGUGGGCGUGCGGCACGCUAGUGGUUCAGCUCGUUUCGACAGCGACGGCAGCGGCCGGCCGGUCACCUGGGACUCAUUCGGUAUCUGGGACAACAGGAUAGAAGAACCGAUACUGCUGCCAUCCAGCAUCAGAUAUGGAAAACCCAUUCCACAGGUCAGUCUGUCCCGGGUCGGCAGUGCGUCAGUUUUGGGUCUCAGGAAGCAAAACGAGGACCGUCUCCGUUUCGCCCGUAUCCACGACAACCUGCUGUACUUCGCUGUGUUUGACGGCCACGGCGGCCCGCACGCCGCCGACUACUGCUACACCUUCAUGGAGAAGUUCAUCAGAGACGCUCUGGAGGAGGAGGACGACCUGGAGAAAGUUUUAAAGAAAGCAUUUUUAGACGUUGACAAGGCGCUACACACACAUCUCAGCUACUUCAACAACCUCUCCUUCCUGACAGCCGGCACCACGGCAACGGUGGCGAUGCUCCGUGAUGGCGUGGAGCUGGUGGUGGCGAGUGCUGGCGACAGCCGGGCGAUGCUGUGCAGGAAGGGACGAGCACACAAGCUGACCAAAGAUCACACACCUGACCGCAAGGACGAGAGGCACAGGAUCCAGAGGUUCGGCGGCUCCGUGACGUGGAACAGCAUCGGCAUCGCCAACGUUAACGGGCGCCUCGCCAUGAGUCGCAGCAUCGGAGACUUCCACCUGAAGGCCAGCGGCGUCAUCGCGGAGCCGGACACGCGGCGACUCACCGUUCAUCACGCCAGCGACUCCUUCCUCGCUCUGACCACCGACGGCAUCAACUUCCUGCUGAGCGACCAGGAGAUCUGUGACGUCAUCAGCCAGUGUCACGACCCCACGGAGGCAGCGGACGUCAUCGCCGAGCAGGCGUUGCAGUACGGCUCGGAGGACAACGCCACCAUCAUCAUCGUCCCGCUGGGAGCCUGGGGGAAGAACCAGAGCUCCACCAACGUCUACAGCAUCAGCAGGAACCUGUCCUCCACCGGGAGAUGGGCGUAGAACACACACACAAACACACACACACACACACACACACACACACAGUCUACAAAAUGACGUUUUUUCACCGUUUUUAUCCCUAAAUUCCCUGUAAAUUCAUAUUCUCUGUGUAAUUAUGUCAUGAACCCCGUUAGAGAGUCACAGUAAGGCUCUAGAGAGUUUUGUGUAUAUAGAGUGUUUAUUAUAUAUUAAUGAGGUUUAAAUGUCUGCAGAUGAGACAUUUAACCACCCUCCUGUAUUUUUGUCACAUUGACAGCAGAUUGUGAAGUUUCUGACACAUUAAAAACCACAAAAUAAGUCAAAAAUUGAGAGAAAAUAUGAACAGAACUUUGUGUAUUCUGAGGUUUUCUGUUAUUACAGUGAAACUGUUUGAUCUAAAUCUUUGUGUAACGAGCCCGUCCAUGUGUCAGUGUUCUGACUUUAAGUGUUCCUGAACAACAAAUUGAAUCCUCUGACCUUUGACCUCCCUGUGGAGACACGUCUGUCUGCAGGGACGAAGAAUAAAGUUUGAUUUGUUGAACUUCACUUUGUCUCUUUUGCAGAUUUUGUCUUUAAAGUCAGGUGGAAUGUA